AUGGCUGAUACCGAGCACCGAUUCAAGUACGUCUUCAUCCCCGCGGACGAGUCCAUCCCCGUGGAGGAGAGAGAGGGCAUCGCCGUCGGGUCCGCGGGAGGCGAUAUCCUGGUCGAUCUUUUGCGCCCGCAUUUCCUCGGGGGCGGUUCAUUCGUCGACGCCGACGCCGCGAGGAGGGAGGCGGAGCGACAUCUCGGUCCCGAGAAAGCCGCGCGGCUCUCUCCCGAUCGCCUUGUUGCCGCGACCGAGUCCGGAUCCACGGAAACCUUCGCGCUCGUCCACCCCGCAUCCACGAACGGCUACAGAGGCGUCUACCUGUACACGGACGAGUGCGGCAAGCUCAAGUCGCUGCCGGAGAACCCGCGCGCGCUGGAGCUCGCGCAGCGAUGCGGCAUCGACGUCAGGCACCCUUUCCACGGCGACGCCUUCGUCGGCGCGGUCAAGACGAGCCCGCCGCCGAUGCGCAACGUCAGCUUCACCCAACACGAGCUCGACCCCGGGUCACCGUGGAUGCUCAUCGCCCCGGCGGAGAACGCGGUGUACGCCGAGACGUUCAGAGAGUUCAUGUCCGCGGUGGAGGGCAAGGCGACGCGGGAGGAGCUGGAGCACAGGCGUACGUCAGUCACCGAAGAAACCGAGGGCCGACGGUCGAGACGGACGUCCGAGGGAGAGGAGAUCCCGCCGCACGGCUUGAGGCUCAGGGACGGCGUAUCGACGUACCAUGCGUCGCUCGCCAGCUGUGUCGAUGCCCCGGUGUCGGUGGAAAACUCGUGCGCCGCGGGUGGGGUCGGCGUCGUUACCACGCGACGCAUCACCCGCGGUGAGGCGAUCUGGUCCGAGGCGCCGCUCGUGUCGAUCCAGUCCCCGUCAAACGUGGACGAGGCGUUGUGCUGCGGGUGGUGCCACAGGGCGGUCGGGGACAUCGACGCGUACCUGUCGCUUACAUGCGGAGCAAUCGACGGCGACGCGGCGCGAGGAAACGGGACGGAUCGCGCGUCGCCCCCGUGGAUCGCCGUGCGAAGCCUGGGACCUUCGUUGGCGGCGCUGGCGGAGGCGGAGGGCACGCCUCCGAUUGUUCGGUGCAAGCGGUGGCGGAAUAGGGGGUGCAAGGAGGUGUACUGCGGCGACGAGUGCGCGAGGUAUCACGCUCUGGCGGGUCACGACGUGUUGUGCUGCUCGGACUCCCCUUUGUCAUCCGACGGCGACGUCCGAGAGGAGGAAGCCUCGGGGGGCGGGGGAGGUGACGAGGCUGAGCGCGCCGCGAGUUCUUCUGCGAGUGCGCUUCGAGAGUUCUUCUCCGGAAACGAUAACCUGCACAUGAUCGCGAGGGUCGUGGGCGCGAUGGCGUCCGCCGUCGCGUCGGGCCAAACUUGGGACGAAGCCACGCUGAGGUUUCGAGCCUUUGUCGGCAUCCCGUGGUGGGAAACCUCCGGGAGCACGGGGGCGGAGAAACGGCUGGCAAAACGCUCGAUGCGUCUCAUGACGGAAUCCGCGCACGCCGCGGAGCUCAACGUCGCGCGCGAGGCUGACGCCGCGGCGGAGGCUGGCGACGAGGACGCCUUCCGGCUCGCGCGCGACGUCAGAAACGUCCUGCAUUCGUUCCCCGACGUCCUGAGUCGACUCGGUUUGGACGGCGUGGGACACCUGCUCGGCGUCUGCGACAUGAACCAGCUCUCGAUGACGAUCGACGGGCCCAUGCGCAACGUGUGCAGGAAGCUGUUGCGGGUGGACGAGUACGAGGGCGCCGACGCCGCGAAGCAAACGCUGGAUGUCUUGCUGCCAAUCGCGCUCAGGGCGCAGGCCGUGCGCGACGCGGAGGACGCGGCCGCGGGCAAGCCUCGAUGGGGCGGCGAGGAUCGAUACGAAGGGGACGAGGAGGAGGAAGAGGAUCGAUACGAAGGGGAGGUGCGGUUGGACGAAACGGCCGACGCCGAGGACCUCUUCGACGCCAGCCGCAGGCUCUUCGGCGGCUUCAAGGGGCAGGCGCUCUUCUCGCUCCUGUGCCUCGUGAACCACUCGUGCGAGCCGUCCACCGCGGCCAGGUUCAGCAGCUGGAAGGGACGCGCGAUGGUCCGGCUCGAGGCCUUGAGGGACAUAGAGUGCGGGGAGGAGCUGACGAUGAGCUACAUCGACGAGAGCGAGACCCUGGAGGAGCGCACGUCCGCGUUGGCGUCGUACGGCUUCGCGUGCCGGUGCAACAAGUGCGUCGGGGAGGGCGCCGACCGAAGCAACGACAACUCGGACGUCGACUGA